AAAAUGCAAGAAGAGGAGAGAGGCAAAGAGAAAAUACAAGCAGAGAAAGAAAGAACAAAAAGAAACUUUGCUAUUAGGCUGGUACUGUCCAUUGUGAUGGGCAGUGGAUUUGCGUGUUUUAUAAAAAUGGGAAGAAUCUAUUUAAUCGCAUUGAUUAUUUUUCUGAACUGUGUGGUGUUUUAUGAGGUUCUUAAAGUAUUUUUAAGAAUCUACCCGAUAAAAAAUAUAUUAAGGUUUGCAGCGAAUUCUUCUAGAAGGGAUGCAUUGAUGCCAAGCGGGUUCUUUUGGUGCUGCUUUUUUAUGAUUUCUAUUUCUAAAUACAGCCGGAUCAUGAUAUUUCCAGGGAAGUUAGCAAUGGUACACCGGAUUGUGGUUCCCUUGCAGUUUGUGUGGAUAGGGUGGUUUGUUCUUUUAUUACGAGGCGGUGCAUACCGCAUGAAAAUAUUCCACCUGUCUAUGGUAUUAGUUGCAAUUAUUGGGCUGCUAGAAUGCACAGAAGCGGCUAUUAAUAAUGUAGACCGAAGCAUAUACUGUUUUGUAUACCCGUGCUUUUUAGUUGCAAUUAAUGAUACAUUUGCAUAUCUUAUAGGCGCGAGAUUUGGCCAGACACCACUAACUCUGCUAAGCCCUAAGAAAACAGUAGAGGGCUUUAUAGGCGGUGGUAUAUCUACGGUUUUACUCUGUGUGCCAGUAUCGUACGUUUUGAAGAUGUUCUUAUUGCACACUCCAAAACUUCAGUACACCGACUUGCUUAUUCUGAGUAUACUUGCAUCCGUUGUUGCACCAAUUGGUGGGAUACUGGCAAGUGGGUACAAGCGGGCAUUCAAAGCAAAGCACUUUAGCAGAAUUCUACCAGGGCAUGGCGGUAUAUCUGACAGAAUAGACUGCCAACUAAUCAUGCAGCUAGUUAGUAAUCUGUAUUUAUCUGGAAUAGUACGAAAGCAAACUGUAAAGGGAUUCUUAGCAGAGAUAAAGCAGCAUCUGACAGACAAAGAGCAGCUAGAUCUGGCUAGGAUGAUAGUCUUGGCGUAUAAACAAUAGAUAUAAACCAGAAAUACAGGCUAACCUAAAAGCAUUCAAACUAUAACUCUGCACAGAAUGGAUAUCAUAUUUGUGCAUAAAACCACUGCUUUACACAUAUACUAAUAAUUAUAUACACUAUGCUAGAAUAACAGAAAGUAUCAGCUUAAUUCAAUAAUAUAAGAAUAAAUAUAGAUGCACAU